AUGGCGACCGCAGCCUCCAACCACUACAGCCUGCUCGCCUCCGGCUCCCCCAUGGUGCACGCCGAGCCGCCCGGCGGCAUGCAGCCCGGCGGCGGCUACCGCGACGCCGGCGCCCUGGUGCAAGCGGACUACGCGCUGCAGAGCAACGGGCACCCGCUGAGCCACGCUCACCAGUGGAUCGCGGCGCUGUCCCACGGCGGCCCCGGCGGCGGCGGCGGCGGUGGCGGCGGGGGAGGCGGCGGCGGCGGCGGCGGCGAGGCGCCCUGGUCGGCGGGCGCGCUGGGCCAGCCCGACAUCAAGCCGGCGGUGGUGCAGGCGGGCGGGCGCGGUGACGAGCUGCCGCCGCCGCCGCAGCACCCGCCGCCGGGGCGGGCGCCGCACCUGGUGCACCACGGCGGCGGCGGCGGACACCACGCGGCGGCGGCGGCGGCGGCAGCGGCGGCGGCGUGGCGGGCGGGCGGCGCGGCGCACCUGCCGCCCGGCAUGGCCGCGGCCAACGGCGCGCAGGCGGGGCUGCUGUACUCCCAGCCGCCCGGUUUCACCGUCAACGGGAUGCUGGGCGCCGCGCAGCCGGCCCUGCACCACCACGGCCUGCGAGACGCCCACGAGGAGCCGCCGCCGGGGCCGCCCGGGCCGCCGCACCACGGCGCCGAGCACCCGCCGCCGCCCCACGGCCCCCACCCCGGGGCGGGAGGGCCGGCGCCCGCCGCCGCCGCCGCCGCGCCCCCCGGGCCGCCGCCGCACCACGACCCGCACUCGGACGAGGACACGCCGACCUCGGACGACCUGGAGCAGUUCGCCAAGCAGUUCAAGCAGCGGCGCAUCAAACUGGGAUUUACCCAAGCGGACGUGGGGCUGGCGCUGGGCACCCUCUACGGCAACGUCUUCUCGCAGACCACCAUCUGCCGCUUCGAGGCCCUGCAGCUCAGCUUCAAGAACAUGUGCAAGCUGAAGCCUUUGUUGAACAAGUGGUUGGAGGAGGCGGACUCCUCCUCGGGCAGCCCCACCAGCAUAGACAAGAUCGCGGCGCAGGGCCGCAAGCGGAAAAAGCGCACCUCCAUCGAGGUGAGCGUCAAGGGCGCGCUGGAGAGCCACUUCCUCAAGUGCCCCAAGCCCUCCGCCCAGGAGAUCACCUCGCUCGCGGACAGCCUACAGCUGGAGAAGGAGGUGGUGAGAGUGUGGUUUUGUAACAGGAGACAGAAAGAGAAGCGCAUGACUCCCCCGGGAGGGACGCUGCCGGGCGCCGAGGACGUGUACGGGGCCAGCAGGGACACGCCGCCGCACCACGGGGUGCAGACCCCCGUGCAGUGA